AUGACUUAUAAUGCAAGUAUUACCCAAGAUCCUUCAUCAAAUUUUCGUGAUCCUUUAAUUUUUUAUGAUCCUGAUUUAACAACUGGAAAUACACAAGCUACAGAUUUUGCGUUUGAUGAUUUAACAUUACCAUCUCAACAAAAUCAUUUACAAUUAAUUGAUGCAAAUACUAAUUUUUCAGUAGAUGAUUUGGAUGGAACAAAUAAUAAUAAUAAUAAAACGAGUUUAAUUCAACAACGUGAUUUACCAUUUGAAGAUGAAGAAGAAGGAUUUUAUGAAAGAGAUUUACCAAAACAUGCUUGCGCUUAUUGUGGAAUUCAUGACCCAGCAGCAGUUGUUAUGUGUAAUCAAACAAAAAAAUGGUUUUGUAAUGGACGUGGAAAUACAUCGGGAAGCCAUAUUGUUAAUCAUCUAGUUCGUGCUAGAUGUAAAGAAGUAACAUUACAUAAAGAUGGUCCAUUAGGUGAAACACAAUUAGAAUGUUAUAAUUGUGGUUGUCGUAAUGCAUUUUUACUGGGUUUUAUACCAGCAAAAGCUGAUAGUGUUGUCGUUUUACUUUGUCGACAACCAUGUGCAAGUCAAAGUGCACUGAAAGAUAUGAAUUGGGACCCCAGUCAAUGGCAACCAUUAAUUCAAGAUCGAUGUUUUUUAACAUGGCUUGUAAAAAUUCCAUCUGAACAAGAACAAUUACGUGCACGACAAAUAACAGCCCAAAUGAUUAAUCGUUUAGAAGAACUUUGGAAAGAAAAUCCUGAUGCAACAAUAACUGAUCUUGACAAACCAGGCAUUGAUGAAGAACCACAACAAUGUAGUUUAAGAUAUGAAGAUGCUUAUCAAUAUCAAAAUAUAUUUGGUCCAUUAGUUAAAAUGGAAGCUGAUGAUGAUAGAAAAAUAAAAGAAUCACAAACACAAGAAAAUAUUUCUGUUCGAUGGGAUAUGGGUUUAAAUAAAAAACGUUUAGCUUAUUUUUGUUUACCAAAAGCCAAUGAAGAAAUGAGAUUAAUGCCAGGUGAUGAAUUACGUUUAAGAUAUGUUGGCGAUCAAAUGAAAUCAAAUUGGGCUGGUGUUGGACAUGUUGUUAAAGUUCCAAAUAAUUAUGGAGAAGAAGUUGGAAUUGAAUUAAAAAUAAGUCAAGGUGCACCUAUUGAAUAUAGUUCAAAUUUUGUUGUAGAAUUUGUUUGGAAAUCAACUUCAUUUGAUCGAAUGCAAGCUGCAUUAAAAACAUUUGCUGUCGAUGAAAGUAGUGUUUCAGCUUAUUUAUAUCAUCGUUUAUUAGGUCAUGAAGUUGAAGAUUUAGUUAUGAAAGUAACAUUACCAAAACGUUUCUCUGCACCGGGUUUACCUGAAUUAAAUCAUUCACAAGUUUAUGCAGUUAAAACUGUUCUUCAACGUCCAUUAAGUCUUAUUCAAGGUCCACCUGGAACAGGAAAAACUGUAACAUCAGCAACUAUUGUUUAUCAUCUUGUUAAACAAAAUCAAGGACAAGUACUUGUAUGUGCACCGAGUAAUAUUGCUGUUGAUCAAUUAACAGAAAAAAUUCAUAAAACAGGCUUAAAAGUUGUUCGUUUAUGUGCUAAAAGUCGUGAAGCAUUAGAUUCACCUGUUUCAUUUUUAGCAUUACAUAAUCAAGUACGAAAUCUUGAAAGUGAACCAGAAUUAAAAAAAUUACAACAAUUAAAAGAUGAAACAGGUGAAUUAUCAUCAGCUGAUGAAAAACGUUAUCGAGCAUUAAAACGUAAAUGUGAAAGUGAUUUACUUCGUAAUGCUGAUGUUAUUUGUUGUACAUGCGUUGGAUCUGGUGAUCCACGUUUAUCACAUGGUUAUCAAUUUCGUUCAAUACUUAUUGAUGAAUCAACACAAGCAACUGAACCAGAAUGUAUGGUUCCAGUUGUACUUGGUGCUCGACAACUUAUUUUAGUUGGUGAUCAUUGUCAAUUAGGACCUGUUGUUAUGAGUAAAAAAGCAGCUAAAGCUGGUCUUAGUCAAUCAUUAUUUGAACGUCUUGUUGUACUUGGAAUUCGUCCUAUUCGAUUACAAGUACAAUAUCGAAUGCAUCCAGCAUUAUCAGCAUUUCCAUCAAAUAUUUUUUAUGAAGGUUCACUUCAAAAUGGUGUUACAUCUGUUGAACGUACAAUAAAAGCCUUAGAUUUUCCAUGGAUUCAAUCGGAUAAACCAAUGUUUUUUCAUUGUUCAUUAGGUCAAGAAGAAAUAUCUAGUAGUGGUACAUCAUAUCUUAAUCGAACAGAAGCAAGUAUGGUUGAAAAAACUGCUACACGUUUACUUAAAGCUGGUAUAAAACCUGAACAAAUUGGUAUAAUAACACCAUAUGAAGGACAACGUGCUUUUAUUGUUCAACAUAUGCAAUAUAGUGGUUCAUUAAAUGAAAAACUUUAUCAAGAAAUUGAAGUUGCUAGUGUUGAUGCAUUUCAAGGACGUGAAAAAGAUUUUAUUAUAUUAUCAUGUGUACGUGCUAAUGAACAUCAAGGUANGAUGCAUUGUUUAUAUCGAAGUUGA